GCCCCACGAGAAUGAACUGGAUGGCAGCGACGUGCUGGGCUCUGCUGCUAGCCGCCGCCUUCCUCUGCGACAGCGGCGAGACCAAGGGUGGCCGUGGAGGGGCCUCGUCCGGUUCAGGCUGGAGGAGGGCCCUGGGGCCCUGGGAGAGUGACCUGGAGGACGAGGACACUGCAUCCGGAGGCAACAGGACCGCUGUCUACAGCUACUGGGCAUGGACGUCGGAUGCGGGGCCUAUGUGCCGCCUGCACCUCUGCCUGCUGCUUGGCGGGGCCCUCAGCGCCCUGGGGCUGCUGCAGCCCUAGGCAUGGCAGGGCUCAGAGCCAAAUCGGCCCCCCAGCCCGCACCCUCCCCGCAGGCCGCAGCCCACAGCCCACGGUCCUGGUGUCCAGAAAGGCUGCGUGGGUAAUGCCUGCCAGUCCCAGCAGGAGCUGCAUCCUCUCUUCCCUGUGACCCAGGUGCCACCUCCUGUUCACCAUCCUGCCCAAGCCCCUCCCGAACCUCCCCACAAUCAGCUCCAGGAUGCCUCACCCACCAUUUACAGGUCAGGGGGUUCCCCCAGAAAGGCAGGUGUCCCGUGGCUCCUGUACCGUCUGGGCCAGCUGCCUGCCAUCUCUCCAGAGCUGCCUCAAAGACAGGUGCCAAGACUAGGCUGUUCCGGCCACUCCGUCUCCUUGGAACCCACCCUGGACACUUGAGCGGUGUGGACAGUGCUGACCACCAGGCAGAGAGGUGCACAGAGGACUGUGGUGGCCUCCCCCAUAGAAGCUGUCACAAUGGACUAAAGGAAUUGAUUUGGAGAAGGGAAGAGGUUCCUGCUCACAGACUGAAGCCUGGAGAAUGUCAGGUGCUGACCCUCUGUGGAUCUCAGGGCCAGGCUUGCCCACUCGUGGUUCUGUGGACAGUUCCCAGGAGGACACCCUGCCCACGGGCUGCCCUGCCCCCCGGCGCUCUGUGCAGAUGCUCUGGGACCCACUGCCAGGGCCUCCCUUGGAGCCACUAUGCUCUGACUUGAAACAAGUCACUUGACUCUUCACGGGACCUACUUUGGAAAAAGCAACAUUUUGUUUAAACAUCAAGAUCUUUCCAUUCCCUUUGAACUUCAGGUUCAAAUCCCGGGACUGCAACUGCCACUCCCACUGAAGAGCCCUCCCCGGCCUGGUUCGCUGUGUUCUAGGCAGACAGGUAGCAAGUAGGCAGCAGCAACCCUCAGCGGACAGCACCCCCUCAAAGGUGAGGCUGUGGUGCAAAUGGAAGAGGCUGGGAGCUCUAGUCGCAUGACCAUAGGCAGUACCUGGAGGAAGGCGGAGGUGGCUGGGCCCCAGGACCCAGCAAGGCAUGAGAGCCUCCCUCAGUAGAAGGAAGCACCCAGGAGGCAGAGCUCCUCUAACAUCUCGGGGUGUCUAAACACUCCAGACAUUCUGAAGGUAGGGCCACAGGGCUGAUGUCGAGGAGCUUCUAAGGGAACACAGGGUUUGCCUAUGGCACCCAACACCCCUAAGUAUAAGGCCAACCCUUAGCCUCUGGGGCAUCUGUGAAUUCAGCCCUGGGGGAGCAGCUCUUCGUGUACUCCAGCUCUACCACCACCGCACCCCGAGGCAGGGCAGCUCCCAGGCUGGCUCCUGGGGACCUCACCCUCCCGGUGCUCAGCAAGAGCCUCCCAGAAUGCGCCCUCGUCCCCUGGACCUCAGGGCCUUUGGACUCAGUGACGGACAGCACGCAGGGAGCCUGUCACCUCUGCUCUCCCACAGCUGGCUCUGGUCAGGGGCCAGGGGCCUCUAGGCUUUCCACAGGACUCGGACCAAGUGUUCUUCUCCAAAACACGAAGCUGCAGGAGGAAGCCUCGGCAGCCUCCUGUGUCCACACUGCCAGUAUUCUUGGGGUGCAGCGAGCCCAGACGCUCCUCCUUCCAUUCCCGACCAAGCUCCAUGCUACCAAAGACCAGUGAGCCGUGGCCAAGCCCUGCCCAGGGCCUCAGAGGCAGUGUGACCGUCCUGCUACUUUAUCUGCAGGGAGCAGGAAAGUCAUCGUGCACAAGGCCGAGCUUUCUCCCCAAGGGCCCGACAUGUGGGCCCAGUGUGGCUGCGCUCAGCCACUCAGAUGACCACCAGGACUGAGCCAUCAGCUCGCUCUGGAAUCGAGAUGCCACACUCCAGUCAAGAGCGCAUUUCAUCCCCAACCCUGGGAGCACGUCUGGCGUUUGGUGCGGGCCCGAAUCUUUGAAUCCCUCAGGGUUCCCGCAGGAGGCAGAGGGUGCUCAGGUGGAUCAUCUCGGGGUUAGCCAGGGUUUGUGGAGUGUGGGGAACCCACGUGGGUAGUGGGACCUGGGGGGAACCCACAUAAAUAGUGGGAGCUAGAAGGGAACCCAAUGGGUAGUGAGACCUACAGGAAGGCCAGGCCACCCCGACAGAGCAGCCAGGGCUACUGACCGGGAAUCUGCUCCCCGCACCCCACCCAUCCUUCCUCUGUUCUUUUCCUGCCCCGUGGACCCCUUCAGGUGCAAUGACAAAUGCUGGGAGGCACCUGGGAAGUGCCAUCGUCCAUCAGCUAGAAGGUGCUCAGAAGCAGUGGGAGCCCUAGGUCCCCGCUGACCAUACCAGAGACCCUCCCAGCCAGUACCCGUUACCAAGGGGACAGGCCAGUCCUUGGGUUCUGCCACGAGUACUGGACCCUCCUGUCCACAUUUGUGUGCACAUUGCAGUAGCGUCGUGAAAUAAACACUGUCCUGGCAACGACGCCUCCUCAUUGCAGGACCCAGGACACUGCAUCAGGUGACUCCACAUCCCUC